GCUCAGCUGAGUUGAAAAGCGGCAGGGGACGCGGAGGGGGUUUUUCCAUUGGCUUUCUCUCACCGCCCCCGCCCGCUGUAUUCGAGCGCUCUAGAUAAGCUUCUCCAUGUACGAUCUUAUCCUGCUGCCUCUUGUAACGGGAUGAUGAGCCAAGGCCAGGAGCUGUUUAUGUGACCAGAACAAUUGGAAGAUUUUUGUCAUGGCCUAUAAGAGACAGGCUACCUAGAGCAUCACCCCUACUGAAUAGAGGAAAUAUAGAAGACAAAGAAACAGCUGGGAAAGAUUUGAUGGUCCAGACAGAUCCCUGUUCUGUCGGAAAUCCUGAACACAUGGCUCUGGUGAAGUGUGAGAUCUCUGAGAAAAACCCAUCUGCCCAUGUGGAAAUGCCUGGACAGCGAGAUUCUGCUCCUAUGGCACAGGAUAAAUCUUUAAAGACGAUCAUUGUGGUAGCUGUCGUAGUCUUUGCUGUAAUCGUCUUCUUGGUCAUAUAUGCAGAUGCAUUAGCAAACCAAAGAUCUGAGCCGCCACCAAUGGUCCCACCUUGCCCAUCUGGUUGGAUUGGAUUCCAAGGAAUGUGCUAUUACUUUUCAGAAGGAAAACGGAAUUGGACCUUCAGCCAGAGCUUCUGUUCAUCACAGAAUGGCUUGUUGCUCAUUUUCAAUUCCAGCCUGGAAACGGAAUUUGUGAUGCGCCAUAAAGGCAAAGCGCCGUUUUGGAUUGGUCUCAGAAGAGAACUAAAUCAGCCUUGGAAAUGGACAAAUGGAGAAAAUUCAACGCUGCAGGUAAUUGGUGAAGGAGACUGUGCUUAUCUAAGCACUGAAGCCACUCCCAGCACCUCAAGUUGCAGCACAAAACUAUUUUGGAUCUGCGGCAAAGUGGAAGAGAAAUGCUAUGUCAAGAUGUAACAUGGAUGUUAUGACAUAAUAUGUACCAGGACAGUCUGACCUCAAGGCAAUGAAGCCUCAGCCUUUUGGACUUGGAGAGCAGGAGAUGGGUGCUAACACAGAAAUGGAUGCCGGGGAAGGGGAGGUUCUGUUCCAGAAUUUUGGAAGCUUCCAAGCUAAUGUCUUCCUAUGAUGCAGGCAGCUGUCAAAAAGGUGCUCCCUGCAGACACAAGGUUGAUGCUUCCUGAACUCUGAUGAGGCCAGGAAAGUCCCCACUCUACUGGCUUCCUGCAAACUAGGCAAAACUAUAUUAUUCAAGAGGUGCUUUUUUACUCCAGUAGGAUGGCUGUAUUGGAAGAAAGUGGUCUCAAAGAGAUAAAUCAUUAAAGGAACAGGGACUAUAAACUUUACUACUAUGUAGUAACUGCUGCUGUAUGAUCCCACUAUGUAGUUCCUAGGGGUGUGCAAUGAAAAAAAAAUUCCAUUUCAGUUAAAAAUGAUGCAAGGUUGAAUUAUUCAAGAAGGCUUUCUACUCAGAUUAUAUCAUAAGAAAUGGUUCAAAGAGAUACCUUGCUAAGGGACAGGGACCGUAGACUAUGCUAUUGGGUACUGUCUGCUGAUGUAGAUACACUCCUACUAGGUAGUUUGACGUUGCUAAAGGUGUCAUGUUCAUUCUUUCAUGUUAAUUAUGUUUUAUUUCAGAAAGAUUUGGUCUGUGUGGAUUACCUUACUCUAUUGUAUCUCUUUCUCAUUGAAUUCCCUGUUGAUCAUAUUUGAUUUUUGCUGUGAAUGUCCUCGUUAUGGAUUAUACUGUAUUCACUUGCAGUAUGUAAUUGGCCUUGAAACUUGGUGAUAA